AUGCCUUUUCUCCAGUGGACACGCCCUCGUCGCCAUGGUGCUGCUAGGAGCCACGUGGACCACUCGUCCACAACGCUAGACGACACUGACACUGUACCGAGUGUGAUUAUAUCAGUGCCGGUCCGCACCCCCUCCGGGCUGCACCCAGCGCAGCUCGCAUCGAAGAGGAAACCUGGGGGUCUCGCGUUGGCGAGCAAGGAGUGCACGGUGUGCUUGAGUGACUAUAACGAAGGGGAGCUGGUUCGCGCGUUGCCCUGCGCGCAUCGGUUCCACGUCAGCUGCAUCGACCACUGGCUUGCCGCCACGACCACCUGCCCUGUGUGCAGAACGGACCUCAGUGCUACAGCGUCAGAUCAUCGUGUGACUGUACACGGCAUGAUAAAGAAGAGGCAGAUGGAGGAAGAAAAUUGA